CUUUCUUUCUGUUCGCUCCCCCCUCCCCCCUCCCCCCUUCCUCUCCUCUCUCUUCUGUUCUGAUUCUUCUGAACUGCUUCUCAUUAAUUCUCUGAUUAGUAUUUUCUUACGGUUAGUCGCCUUUCCAUAUCUGCUUGAGGUUCUGCGGUGGCGUGCUGAAGAUUCCGAUCCACCAUUUAUGAGUCUCCAUUUUAGUCCACUUCAUGCAUGAUCCGAUAAAGAUAACAGCUUACAGAGUGUUGUCGCGCCAUGGCUAUCUUCGAAGGUUAAGGCAAGAUGCGGUUCGUCUUGUUCUAGUGUUACUCUAUCAGGUCCCGUUCAAAAAUACCCCUACCACCACGGCCAAGCUAUUUGGCAUUAUUGUUAGAAGCAAUGAACGAAACUGUCCUCUGUAUCUGAAGCAUCCCUGGUCCUCUGUUUAGAUGGACCCUUAUUCCUCUGGAGAAGACCUUGUUAUUAAGACAAGGAAACCUUAUACAAUCACAAAGCAGCGUGAGCGAUGGACUGAAGAGGAGCAUAAUAGAUUUCUAGAAGCCCUCAAGCUCUAUGGCCGAGCUUGGCAACGUAUAGAAGAACAUAUAGGAACUAAGACUGCUGUGCAGAUAAGGAGUCAUGCACAGAAAUUUUUCACAAAGUUGGAAAAGGAGGCUCUUGUCAAAGGAGUUCCAAUAGGGCACACUCUUGACAUUGAAAUCCCUCCGCCACGGCCUAAAAGGAAACCUAGUAAUCCUUACCCUCGUAAGACAAGUGUGGGAGUGCGUACUUCCCAGGUGGGACUGAAGGAUGGGAAAUUAUCAAACCCAGUUUCUUCGACGUGCCUGUCUAAUAUGAAAGUAGAAUUGGAGAAAGAAACCGAGAAACCUUUUGAUGACGGGAAAUUAGAGAACAGUAAUGAAUACCAAGAAAAGGAUAAUUGCACUGAGGCUCUCACUCUUCUCAAGGAAGCUUGUUGUGCAUCGCCAUCUUCAGCGAACAAAACCUCCUUGUCAGUAUGUGAUGCACCUAAAAGAUCAUGUACUUUUAGGCAAUAUGUCCAACUGUCGAAAGAAGCACGUAAUCAGGAUGAAACCACUGCAUCUCAGGUCACUAUCGAAGCCGAAGGACUUCGGACACACAAGUCUGAUAGCAAAGAGCUGCUUCAGGAUGGUGCCCCAUCCAACAUUUCAGACGACGUCGAUCCAUACCUUUUACAUGAGAAAUCUUUGAAUAAUAGAAGAAUAGAUGAGCUGAAGAAGCAGAAAGCUGUUGAUACAUUGCCAACUAGUGAUGUGCAAGCCACACAGAGUUAUCCCCGCCAUGUUCCUGUGCACAUUCUUGAUGGGAGCUUAGGGAUGAGUGGUCAAAGUAUCUCCCCAGAUAUGUCAUAUGCAGAAUCUAUGUUUCAUCAAAUGGGUGGAGUUCACAGUCAUCAAAAUCUUUUCAUGAAUCCAGCUACAUCUGCUACUCCGGAACAUUUUAGUAAUGCAUCAAGAUCAUCCAUUCAUCAGUCAGUUCCUAGUUAUCAUCCAAUCUUCACUCCAAUCCAGAAUCAAGACGAUUACCGCUCUUUUCUGCACAUGUCAUCUACAUUUUCUAGUCUUAUUGUAUCUGCUCUGUCACAGAAUCCUGCUGCCUAUGCUGCAGCUAGUUUUGCCUCAACUUUGUGGCCAUGUGCGAACAUGGAAGCUCCAGUUGAACCCUCUACAGCUCAAACUGGGACAUUUCAAUCAAGGCCGAUAAGUUCAGCUCCUAGUAUGGCAGCAAUUGCUGCAGCUACUGUAGCAGCUGCAACAGCAUGGUGGGCCGCCCAUGGCCUACUUCCUUUAUGUGCUCCAUUUCACCCUGGCUUUACCUGCUCUCCUGCAUCGGCAUCUGCCACUCCAAUGGCUAGCAGCCAAGGGAAAGCCGUGAACAGUGAAAGAAGAGAAAACAGUCCUGAUCCUGCUUUACGGGGUCAGCAACUGGAACCAGAAUGCUCCGAGGCUUUGCAUGAACAGCAUUCCCGUGCAAAGUCACCAACGUUGUCAACAUCAGAUUCUGAAGCAACUGAAGGUGCAAAACUUAAUUUAGGGUUAGCUGCUGAUGAAACAGAAAAAAUUGCAGAUGCAGCUGAGCUGCAUGAUGCAAAGUCCAAGAACAAAAAACAGGUGGACCGUUCUUCCUGUGGAUCAAACACACCUUCCAGCAGCGAAGUAGAAGCGGAUGCUUUGGAGAAGCACACAAAGGGAAAAGAGGAAAAGCUUAUGAAAGAUAAAGAGGACUCACAAGGACUUGGUGUAGUUCAUCCUGUUGGUGACCCCUUUAGUCGACGUUUUAGAAGUACCAGCAACAUGAAUGAUUCCUGGAAGCACAUGCAGGGACGACUGGCAUUUCAGGCACUCUUCUCCAGAGAAGUAUUGCCUCAGAGUUUUUCACCUCCACAUGGUGUAAAGAUUAAGGGCAAGAAAAUUUCUAUCAAGGAUAAAGAAAAUCCGGAGGAAAAAGUUGAAAAUGGACUUCAGUUAGACCUUAAUGGGAAGACAUGGGCCACAUUUUCUGAGAAACAAGGGGUACAAGAGAAUGCCCUGUUGACUGGAGAGAACAAGGAGGAUGGACUACUAAAUCUGGGACUUGGACAUGCCAAGCUGAAAGCUCAUCGAACUGGAUUUAAACCUUAUAAGAGAUGCUCAGUGGAGGCCAAGGAGAGUAGAGUAUCAGCCAAUAGUCAGGAUGACGAGAAAGGUCCCAAGAGGUUGCGCCUAGAAGGAGAGACCUCUACAUAACGUUCAGAGUGGGAAUCCAAUCUAGAGCAGCCCAUCUGUUGUUGCAUACUUUUUCAGUUCAUUCUCUAUUCUGUUUGAUUUUAAUUGCUUGAGCACGAUACUCUUCGUGUAGUUGUGUGUACUAUUUAGGACCAUGCAAAUGGAAUUCAAAACUUUCUUGGAUGGACAUAUUUAUUCUAAGUGAAUGGACCUUGAUAGGCAACUUUACCUCUA